AUGGUACAAUUUUUAAGUCACAAAAAUCCAUAUUAUUGAUGUAAUUAACGGUAAAAGUUGGAUUUUUAAAAGUAUGUGUGUGCCUUAUUCAUUGGAAUGGAGGGAGUAGUACGGUUGGCUCUUCUAUUACUAAUUUUUAGAACCUUCUCUCUAUCUCUUUCCUCAUAUGUAUUACAUUUGCAUAGGAGCACGCGUUAAGGUUGGCUCUUACAUAAGAGCCGACUCCCGUCAUUUGUCAUGUCUAUCUCCUCCACAUAAGUAAAAGUGUUAUGUAAGAGGAUUAUAGGCUCUUUAUUAUACUUGCUCUAUUGAUUGUUAGAUUCUCGGUGGUAGCUAACAUGUGGCAUAUUCUUGCCUCGAUGUCUUUGACGACAUUAUAAUAAAAUAUUGGUUGUGUACAUCUUGCGGAUACAAAAGGCCGGGAGGCUAAUCCUUCCAUAAUAUACUUCUAUAUAACACACGUCUUCUAAUAAAUUUAAAUAUUUAAGGGUAUGGCACAUGUGUCAGGUGGCUCUAAGGGCCAUUUGGUUUGUCCCAAUGCUUGCUUUGCCAAUCAUGGCCUCGCUAAAUAUUUGGUGGAAGAUAUUUUCUAACAUGGCGUUAGAGGGCAAUGGUCCAAACAGCCCGGAGAAUCCACAAGAAUUUACUAGGCUCCAAAAUAGAAGCAAUUUUACAAGGUCUUGGGCAUCAUAAUUUAAGUCCCGAUCUCAUUUAAAAUUGGACUUAAUCAAAGUUCUAAGUCCACUUGUAUCUACAUGAUGGUGCCAUUAUAUCUAUAAAAAAAGUGAGGACUUCUUUGAUUAAGGAAUUUCUUCCUUACACUACUACAGAGUAGAAUAGCACUGAUUGGCCAAAUCUUAUCAUCACUGACGCGUUUUUGGCCCAUCUGUGGCUAGGGGCUAAUGAUGACUUCCCCAAGGUAGGUGGGCGACAUGGCCGAUCAGUGAUGAUUUCUAAACACAUAUUGCUGGCAGGUUAGUGAUAACAUCUCCAAUAAUUUACAUUCUAGGCUUUUCUUUUCGUUCUGGUACCAGCCAAGGAAUUGAAAUUGACAAAAGGGCAUAGACACAAAAUAUACAGGCACACAUCAUAUAUUUGGACAAGCACUUUACUAUUCAUAACUCAGAUUCAUAUACUUGGAGUUCACACCCAACAUGCACAUUAAUUGAACACACUUCGUAGCUAACGUAUUGAACAUACUUGUAAAACCUACACAUAUAAGCUUGUUGUAUUUGCGCUCAUACUAUGUUGUCAUCCCAAGUAAUUCACCCAUUUAGGACAGUAUAACCGCAUCUAAAGCGAGCUCUCUCAGCCCUUCAACGUCUCUGGCCGUCGGAUUUGCAUUAGAUUAGUUCCUGGCCGUCAGAUCUUCCUCUAAGUGGCAGUUUAUCGCGAUCUGAGCUGGCUGUCCUAAUAGGCCGCUAUUCUGGAAACUUUUUUGGAGGCCUGUGGUUAAUUGGGCUUUUACAGGAAGCCCAUUUAGGUAGAAAACAAUCCGACGCUGCGCUUUAUCUCCGUAAGAAAAACUGUUUGCUCAAACAGGUGGAAAUGGAUUGGUGGGGGCUCGAUCUCAUACAGGGAUGCCGGCGACGCGGCGACGCAGGCGGUCCCCGAUGGGAUCCAGUGUUUGCUGGUCUUCCCAGUGGAUCGAGCCGAGGCGCUCAAGGCGAUCCAGCGGCGCGCGGCCUUCUCAGUGGAUCCAGCCGAAGCGCGCCAGGUAAUCAUCCUAGGGUUUGGAGUUGGUGACCGAGGAGGAGGCGGCACCGGCGAUGGUGCGCAAGCCGUGCACGAGGCUACGGUGACUCCACAAAGUCUGCUCCGCUCUCCCCGACCCUCGACUGCGUGCUCUCCGAUCUGCACUCCCUCCUUCUCUCCACGCUCGUUGCAUCGCUGCCCUCCCCAUCACCAUGGCGACGAUGUGAGUUUCAGUGUGCCCAGCUCAUCCCGUGUUCGAUUGGGCUGGGGUGCUCAUGGCGGCGCUGGAAGGAAUCUCCUAGCCAAAUUUUAGCACGGAGGCGCCUUCCAGAGCACCUUUCCGCUGGUAGUGAUGUCCGGCGGCGUGAGGACAAGGUGAGGCUUCAACGAAUCAUCCAUGGAUUCGACGAUUUCAAGGUUUCAAUGGAUUAAAUCUGAGAACAUAAUUCUCGAAAUGGAGGAGGUUCAAUUGGUGUUCCUGGAGAUGACAAGAAAGAUCAUUCAAGGGAAGAGGAUUUGUUGCGAGAGAGUCGGAUGCCGGCGCGGACGAUCCCCUCAAUGGACUCAUUGCAGCAUCACGAAGACACAGGCAACGGUGCUACUGCUGAUGGUAGAGAGGAGAUCAACGGCAAGGGAGGCAAGGGAAAAACUGAGGGUCAAAGAGGGGUUUACAACUAGGUAUAAAGCUUCACGAGGACUCAUCUUCUUGGAAUGGAAGAUGAUCAGUUACUGGUGCUUGUGAAUAUUUGCGGAAGUACAGUAGCCUGUAGCUUUGUAGGCGUUGAACUAAAUACCAAUCCAAGUAGGUGCGAAAGGAAGAUAAUAUAGGUUUUGAUCCGCCAAAAGGUCUAUUUAUUCCCAUUUCAGUUAAUAUUUACCUCGAAAACAUUGCAUGAACUCCUGCGCAUAUUGGAUACUUUAUUUAUGCACCUUCUUGCAUUUUAAUUACAUGUAAGGUGUGCACUCUAUUUAGUAAGUUAUUUGUAUUUUGGCUACAAAUGAUUUUAUUGGAUAUACUAUAGACAUUUUCUGCAGGGACUGUUGCAACUUGCUAGACAUAGGAAAAGAUGGGAGUCAAUCCAAGAUGACAUCAGCAACCAAAGGUGAACAUUUAUAUAAACAUUUGAUUUCCGAUACAAGAAUAGUCAUGUGUUUUUUCUUUGAAGGUGUGUGAUUUUAUUCUAGUGUGGAAAUUAUUAUGAUGAUCAUUCAUCAGAGAUGGGUACGUGCAUUAUUUUCUUCUUACAAAGAAAUUCAAGUUUGAAUCUUAGAUUUAACAAUUACUCCCUCUGUUCCUUUAUAUAAGGUGUAUUUGUUUUUUUUAAGUCAAACGAGUGCAAGUUUGGCCAUGUUUUUAGAAAAAUAUAUCAACAUUCACAAUACGAAUUUAUAUAUCAUUUGAUCUCAACAUAAAGAGUAAUUUCAUAUUAUAUCUAUUAGGAAUUGCAGAUGUUGUUAUUUUGUUCUAUAAUCUUUGUCAAAUAUUCAAAUGGUUAACUUGCACGGAAAUCAAUACACCUUAUAUUCUGGAACGGAGGGAGUAUUUGACAUGUCAUGAAGUGUGUAUUGCAUCACUCACAAAAACCAUAGCUUCCAUCCAGCGGCUUUGGCCGAGUUAAUUUGUGCAUUGAUGUUUCACCAUUUCCUGAAGUUAUAUAACUAUUGUGGUUUCCUUCAAGUUAAUGCGAUUACUCCAUUAAGUGAAGGUUAGUCGUUUCUCCUUGAUCAAGGCUAUUAAUUUAUAGAUGGGUUUUCGAAUAUACUCAUAGUAGUCCAGUGAUGAGUAUAAGUUGAAGCAAGAGUCUAUUAAAUAAAAAAACAUUUUCAUUUGAAAGUAGCCAUAAGAUAGAAAUGGAUAUACAUAUGUUGUAUAAUGAAACUAAGAUGUAUAUAGCAUGUCCAGCUUCGAGAGACUAUUUUCCUCUUUUUGGUUAUACUUACUACUGUCCAUUUCAAGACACAAGAAAACUAUUGCGAAACAACUUUUUUAGACUGUUUUUAUCA